AUGAUGGGGAUCUUAUCACGGAGAAAACGACGUCACCGAGAAUUCACGGGAUUAAAGGCCUUAGCUGCAGGUUCCCUGGCCUUGGCCAGGGCCCACGCCGUCCUGGAUGAAACAGAGAAGAGUUUGGAACUAGAAAUUGCCAAAGAAAACCGAAAACCUCCAUCAAAUUGUAUUGGCAGGGCUCGAUUUUGGGGACAUAAGUUGAUGCACACAAAACAAGUAUUAUUGUGCAUAGUUGUGUUGAAUAUCAUUGACUGCAUCUUAGUGCUCGGAGAACUUAUUCUGGAUAUAUAUUACCUUAAAGGGGUUCUUGACUUUGAAGAAUUGGCUAAUAUGUAUUUUGUAAAUACAAUGAAAUCAACGUAUCCACAGGAAUUACAGGAUCUGUACGAAACAGAUAUUAACGUUUUACAUUCAAGGAUUCUGACAUCUAAAGUGAAUUUUAUACAGGAAACAUCAACAUCCUACAGUAUUCUUGAUUUCACUUUUUCUGUGGAUUCGAAGACUAAUCAAACUAGUCAUCAGAUAUUGGACAAAAGAUCUCGUAGAAGCACGGGGGUGUAUCCUGAAUAUUUUAUCAACAAUUCUUCUGCAAUUUCGUCAAAAAAUGUCAGUUCUGAUCUUUGGAACUUAACUAAUAAAAUCCAAUCUGAAGUUCAUCAUGAUGAUGAUCAUUCGCAACCUAUAGAAGUGGAUCUUGCUCAUAUAUUUCAUUACUGCAGCAUUUCAAUUCUUGCCAUACUUGUUAUGGAGAAUGUUUUGAAAUUGAUAUGCAGUGGAAAGGAGUAUUUCGAAAAGAAAUUAGAGGUCUUUGAUGGGUUCAUCGUUGUGGCUUCCUUCAUCGUAGAUUUGAUCUUCAUAAAGGGACUAAGUGCCUAUAAAAUUCAGAAGUUUGUGGUUGUCUUAGCCUUCCUUGUCCCAUGGAGGGUAAUUCGGGUAGUCAAUAGUUUGGUGGUAGCAGUUAUUGAUCACGAACACUUCAGGAUGAAACUUUUGUACAAGCAGAAAAAGCAAGUGGCAAACGACCUCAAAAACUCUAAAUCAGACAAUAGAGCUCUAGAGAUUUGUAUCGAGGGACUCCGGAGAAGAGCUGUCUUAGCGGGUGUUCCAGAAAGGGAGCUAGACGACAUCAUGGCUUCGAGUCAAACACCAAGGAAAAAGAAGGGCGUGAAGAAGCCUUCCUCGUCUUCUUUCCCAGCUGCCUUCAAUUUAACAUCCCUGGGCUUUCAUCGACAUACCAGUGAAAGUUCCAAUGCGGAAGUUGUUUACAUUGACGUAGACAAUAACACUUGCUUUCAAAACAAUAGUGACUGAAAAAAAAAUAACAUUGCAUUAAUAGGAUAAUUUCAUUUUCUUCAGUUAGUGGAGAAAAUUGUAAACAAUGAACAAGUUUGCACAUUCUUAUUAGGACAUCAUGUUCAUGACUUUAAGACACCACUUAAUUAUUUCAUCCAUUUAUCAGGGUACUGGUUGCGCAAUUGGUUGUCGUCCGUCGUCGUCCAUCGUAUGUUAACAAUUGAACAUUUUUAACUUUUUGAUAACUACCAGUCCAAUUCUUUUAAAAUUUGGUAUGAAGCAUCUUUGGGACAAGGGGGACAUAAAUUGUAAAUUUCAGGACUCCAUCACCCUUGGGGCGGGGCAAAAACUGCCCAAAUUUUACCAAUUUUCAAAAAUAUUCUUCUCAAGAACCGCACACGUGUAAGAAAAACUAAAUGCAUGGUGAUGAAGAGCUUUCUGCUACCAAAAUUGUAAAUUUCAUGAUCCUCGGGGUAGGGUUCUGACCCUAGGGCGGGGCCAAACUUGGUACAUAGUGUUUAUGUGUAAAACACUUAAAUAACAUCUUCUUUAGUGCUAUUGAUAGUAUAUUGAAACUACAUAGGUAUUUAGAAAGAACAGGUACUGUAAAUUUGAUGAUCCCAGGGGUAGGGGUUUCGGUAUCAUGGUGGGGCCAAAAUGGUCAGUUAUUAAAUGUAUGAACAAUAGACGUUUUUAACUUCUUCUUGAUAACUAUCAUUCCAAUUCUUUCAAAUUUGGUAUGGAACAAUGGGGACAUGAAUUGUAAAAUACAGGAUUUCUGCAUCCUUGGGGCCUAAGGGGCGGGGCUAAAACUGCCCAAUAUUGACCAAUUUACUCUUCUCUAGAACUGCACGUUUAAGAAAAACUAAAUGCAUAACGAUGUAGAGCAUGCAGGAAGGCCUUUCUAAAAUUGUAAAUUUCAUGAUCCCCGGGGUAUGGGUUCUGACCCCAGGGUGGGGCCAAACUAAGUAUAUAGUGUUUAUGUGCAAGUUUGUUGAUACUGUAUUAAGUCUAAAUGCAUACUAAGGAAUAGUAGAAAAAGAUGUACAAAAAUGGUGAAUUCACAACCCAGGGUUUAGACUCUAGGAUGAGUCCAAAUUAGUCAUAUCUUUUAAUGUUAAUACACCUAUUAUAUUAUGUGAAGCCUUUCAUCAGUGUAUGCACUUAUUAGGGCAUUGAAGUUGUAAGAACACUUCUUUUUUAUACUGUUGCUGAAUGUUAAAAUUUAACUUAGAUAUUCAGAACAGGAAUUUUUUUCUAGAUUUCAUAGCCCAUGGGAGUAGUGAUAAUUUUUCACUAGUACUCAGGUGACCGAUAAGGCCUGUGGGCCUCUUGUUUCAUAAACUUUAACGAAGACAUCACUGUUCGUCAUUCUUUUGAAUUCUAUAGUAUAGUCUAUUUGGAAUAUGUGUAUUUUCGAGCAGUACCUGUAGAAGGACUUGUUCAGAUUAAUUUGUAUUAUCAUAAUAUGUCGUUUUAUUACUGUAUUGACUCUGUUGUGGCUCAACUUUCGUGUUGUCUUGAGUGUUACAAGAUUAACAUUCGUGUCAUUCCUCUGCCUGUUAAAGAGCAUAACAUAUGCAUAAACGCCCGAUUUGAUUGAUACCAUUAAAAGUUUAAAAUGUAUCAUGAUUUGAAUAUCAACAAGUUUGUCUACACCAGUUGUUUUUUGCUAUGAACUUGAAAUUCAGAAUGUAUGUUUUAUGCUUAUUGUAAAUGUAAUGUACCUUGUGGAAAACUGGAAGUAAAUCAGUUGAAUACAGACCCUGUAGCUGGUUAACGUGUAUUAACUGAAUGCAAUAGAAUCCGCAGUAAUAUCCAACAGAACUUGGAAUUUAUUUCUGUUUGCAAUCUGUGAGGUGAUCUAAUUUACAAUUGAUGCUGUAACAAUUAUUCACAGCGUAUUUUUUCAUAUUAUUAAUCUUUUAAAGAGUUACAUUAAUAUUUGUUAACCAUAGAGCAUAGCUGCAGCACCAUAUUAGCAGCAGUUGG